AUGGGACUCGAUGGCGUUCUUAGUCCGAUUCGUGUUCUUCAAGAGACUUUGGAUCUGAAACGUUCUUCCGAUUGGCCAUCGCUUGCGACCGUUCAGGAUCUGUAUCACUCCGCACGCAUCGCGGCCCAAGAUAUAUCCUUGCUCUCAGUUGCCGACUCUUUUCGUUCUCUCUAUCGAAAUGGCACCCUGAAUUGGAGCCAACUGGCCGUCUUAUCUACUUGCGUGAUCACGAUGGUCGGGUGUGGUGUAUUUUCAUCUUUCGUGUGGCGGAAACGAGUCACAGACAAGACCCGACCUGGUCUGGGACUGCGCAAGCGAUCAGCCAAGUCUCCGACCAAGAUUCUCACCUCGUCGGACGACGAUUACGAAGACGACGACUAUGACAGUAACAGCUCUCUUCGUCAUGGCGCUGCACCGCAUCGCCAGGCAACUGCAUGGUCCUCACAUCCCCAGCAACAAUCCUCAGAUGCUUUCAAGACAGAUCCCGGUAUUCUGAAGAAGUUCACGACCUACAGUCCCUACAUCACCUCGGUCGCGACAUACCCGGCUAUUCGAACGUUCUUCUGCCCGCAUCCAAAUCUCAGCCGCCUCCCAGACAAGCCUACUCCUCUUCCUCUGUUGGUCUUCGUCCAUGGACUCGGUGGGUCUUUGGCGCAGUUCCACCAUCUUCUCACUAGUCUCUCGAAUGUCGGCUCGUGCUUGGGCAUCGACCUUCCAGGCUGCGGUCUGUCCAAAUUCGCGCCAGACGACUGGAGCGCCUACACGGUGGAGGCCCUGGCCGAAUUACUUGCAGUCGCGAUCGAGAACCAUCGGGACCGAGAGAAUGACCAGGGUGUGAUUCUUGUGGGUCACAGUCUUGGUUGCUCAUUGUCUGCACUGCUGGCGUCGUCUGCGUCACCCAUCGGCAAGGACUUGAAACAGCAUAUUCUAGGCAUGGUUGCUAUUUGUCCCAAAGCAUCCCCCCCGUCGGAAGCGGAGACUGCAAAGUUCCAGCGCCUACUCUCGAUCCCAGAGCCGAUCUUUGACCUGUGGCGUCUAUGGGAUCGUCGCGGAGGAAUUCAUAGCACGAGUGUUCGUCGCAUGGUUGGACACCACGCCGACGAAGAGACACGGAGUCUGCAAGUUCGUUUCAACAAGCAGAGCCGAACCAGUGUUUGGCGUCGCAUGGCUUUCGGCACGCUUCCUGAGUACAAAGACGACAAAGUCACUGGGGGCAUGCCUGGUGAGAGGAUAUGGGCCGCUGUUCGAAUGCCGAUUCUGCUAGUUGCUGGUGAGGCGGAUUCUGUGACCAAGCCAGAGGAAAUUCAGAAGCUGCUGAAGUAUUUUGGUGAUGCAUCUGUCCACACUGCAAUCGAUACUACGGAUAGUAGUACCAUUCCCGAUGCCUCGCGCGUGCAUGAUCGGAAGGCAGCAACGGCCACGAGCCUUGCUGACGAGGAAAAGUUUGGCCUACAGCCUGCCAACAGCGAGAAAGUUAUUGAGCAGCCGGCAAACAACCAAGGCCGCAAGCGAAUUGUCAAGUCGGCUAUCUUGCCUGCGCCUGCUUCUCAUGCCCUUUUGUACGAUCGGGCGACUUAUCGUACCUUAUCUGGUAUUAUCCAGGAUUUCCUGAGUCAACAUGUUGAUGAACGUCUGGGUCUGGGAUGGCAGCUGCAAUACAUGAAUACCUCGGGCAAAUGGGACGUGAAAAAUCUUGCGAAGUGGCAAAAGGUGGCGCCCGUCUCGAAGCCCAUCGCAAACACAUUUGCUGCCAUGAAGAUGCUUCGUGAGGUAGACGAGGAGCACAACCCCGUUCUUUUUUCUCAGAAAUACCGUGGUCGCAUCCAUGCUGUCAUUGACAUCAGCCACGAGAGUCCAGUCUACAAUCCGAACACUAUGGAGAAGGGCGGUAUUCAUUAUCACAAGCAUCCGACUGUAUCCAAGAUUCCCCCGACUCCCGAUGAGACUCGCGACUUUAUCGCCCUUGUCGACAGACUGCAGCGGGAAAUCGACGACCUUGUGGAAAAACGCGAUGAUACGACUCUGCCGCGGCCGCUGGUGGGUGUUCACUGUCAUUAUGGAUACAACCGCACGGGCUUCCUGAUCACCUGCUAUCUGAUCGAGCGCUUGGGUUAUGGUGUGCAGGAUGCGAUCGACGAGUUCAAUUCUUGCCGCCCCCCUGGGAUUCGGCAUGGUCACUUUGUUGAUACACUUUUUGUUCGCUAUUGUGUGGGACUCAAGAGAGCUCCCACUCUUUAA